AUGGAUGCGGUCAGAGGCAAUCCACACAUCGUCCAAAUGCUGGGCAUUUGCAACACCACGGUGGUAACCGAAGCCUUCACGCUUACUCUUCAAUCCGCCGUGCACCGCAAGGGCACGACGGCUCUAUCGAUAAGCGAGGCCGUCAACAUGUCCUUGGACGCCGUAAGAGGCCUGCAAGCCCUUCACGAGGCUGAGGGAGGGCCAAUCGUACACUUCGAUGUGAAGCCGACCCAGCUUAUGGUGACAGACAGCGGGGGACUGAAGCUCAAUGACUUCAACGUUGCCUGGUUCAUGAGCCAAGGACCAGACGGGAAGCCGUGUCCUUUCAACAUGGAGGGCAAAUUUCGGGGGCACGGCUCGCCCUGGAGAUCGCCCGAAUACCUCACCCGAAAGCCCAUGACGGAGAAAAUCGAUAUCUACAGGAUGGGUCUAGUCUUUCAACAAAUUUUGGCUGCCGCCGGCGUGAAGAUGCCAGUUGCGCAAGAGUCGAAGGAUGAUGUCCCCGUCGUCGCCACAACGUGGCACUGGAGCUACUAUGAGAUCGUUCAAGACAUGAUUGCGAUGGAGGCCACGCAAAGACCGUCCGCUCGCGAAGUCGCUUGGCGGUUAAGGGGGAUCCUGGAAGAGCUACCCGAACUCCCAUAG